AUGGAGUUCAAUAGUGAAGAGGAUGCGUACAAGUUUUACAAUAAAUAUGCCUUUAAAAUGAGUUUUUGUGUACGCAAAGAUUAUCUAAAUAAAGACAAAGACGGCGUGACCACGUCUAGGAGAUGUAGUUACUUCAAGGAAGGUGUGAAGCGCAAAUACGAAGGUGAUGUGAUGCCAAAAAGGACACGAGCAUUGACUAAAACAGGGUGUGAAGUUAAAAUGGUUAUCGUGUUGCUUAGAGGGACAAUGAAAUACCGUAGCCAUGAGCUUAUGGGAAAGGAGGUAGGUGGGAUGGGUAAUGUCGGAUAUACUCGAGAUGAUUUUAAACGAUAUCUUCGAACGAGACGGAAAAGGAGCUUGAAAUAUGGAGAAGCAGUCACAUUCGACACAACCUACAAAACAAAUAAAGAAUACUGGCCACUUGGAGUAUUUGUGGGUUUUAACCAACAUAGGCAAAUUGUGAUAUUCAAUGCUGCCUUUAUGUAUGAUGAGAUGAUAGAUUCUUUCAAAUGGGUGUUUGGUACAUUUCUAGAAGCAAUGUGCGAAAAGCGUCCAAGAACCAUACUAACUGACCAAAAUCACCACAUAGCAGCCGCUCUUUCACUUGUCAUUCCUCAAACGUUUCACGGUCUAUAUACGUUUCACAUAAAGCAUAAUUUUAUCAAACAUCUUGACAAUCACUACAAAGAAAAUAGUGACCUUCCAUACAUGUUUGGUGCCUGCAUGUAUGAGAUUGAAGAAGUGGAACAAUUCAACAGGGUCUGGGAGGCGAUGUUUUUUAGACAUUUCAAUCGGGUGAUUGAUGAUAAGAGACAUAAUGAACUCAUUGCAGAAUAUGAAAUGAGGCAAAAGCUACCCAUGAUAGGGUUGAGGCAAACAUCUAUGCUUGUGCAUGCAGCAGAGACGUAUUCACUAACUGUAUUUGUUACUUUCCAAAAUGAAUAUGGCGAGUCAACAGCUAUGGUUAUAUUGAGACAACAAGAUGCAGGGAUGUUUGUGGAGUUUACAGUCAUGAGGUAUGAUGGAGAACCUGAAAGAAUAGUGGUAUUCAAUUAG